AUGAUAGUUCGCAUUCUAAAGAUUAGAGAUGCUGUUUCUCGGGUGUUACUGGAGACAAUGAAAGCACCUCCACCAUUAACGGCCGAAGAAAUAUCUGUCCUAACAGACUUGGAGUAUAUCCUUGGUCCGUUUGAUGAAGCAACCAAUCGCGUAUCAGGUAGCACCUACGAAACGAUCUCUCUAAUCAUUCCCGUAUCGGCAGAUCUUCAUCAUCGCUUAAGUUCCAUGGAUAACUUAAUUAAAACAACUGAAGGUUUCGAAGUUCGAAACGCCCUUUUGAAUGGGAUCAAUCGUCGUCUUUUUGAGUAUGAGGGACGUUCUGUAACAAAGGUGGCCACAAUGUUGGAUCCCCGUUUUAAGAAGGAGGCAUUUCGGAGCGCUAGUAAUGCGGACUCGGCAGUGGAAGCCAUCCGCAAAGAAAUGGCCGGAAUGACCAACCUUAAAGUAUCUGAACCACCAACACACACCGAAAACAACGCAUACUUUUCGUUUAUGCAAUCCAAAAUUGCAAAUAAAAUUAAAACCCCAAUGUCGGAUGCCAUUAUUGUGCUCCGACAAUAUUUAGAAGCCAACCACGCGACGCCAAAUAUAAGCCCGUUAGACUAUUGGAAGGUGCAAGAUAUUAGGAUGGAAUCUCUCAAAAAAAUAGCUUUAAAAAACCUAUGUGUUCCAGCUUGCUCAACUGAAUCAGAAAGGACCUUCAGCAGGGCUGGAUGUAUCGUGACUGACCGCCGAGCAGCCUUAAAGGCUAAGAAUGUGGAUAAACUUGUUUUCACAAGUAAAAACCAAUGGCUGUCUGAAAUAUAACAAUUAAUAAGAAUAAGUAAAUAAAAAACUGUUGAUCUCAAGAA